AUGAAUCGAACUGUGGGGGACGACUGGGAUUAUACGAUUGAAGUCUGCAUCGGCCGGCCCAACCUUCUGGAAGAGAUUCGUGAAGAACUCAGGAGGAGAGAAGCAAUCGAGAAGAAGACAUAUUCCGGCAAUCACAGGCCUCUGAUGGCCGAAUCUCCGGAAAAAAUUGGUGAAAACCGCAAGUUGCACCGGGUGCGCAUAAGAUCGCCAACAGUGCUCAGUCAUCUCGAACGUCUAACCCGCAAGCUGGGUAACGGUUCUAUUUUGAAUGAGGAGGACAACUUGGUGUUUAUGUACCCCUUUUACAUCUUAGGAGUCUAUCUUGACGACAUGCGUGAAAUCCUAGCUGACAUGGAGAGAGGAGUGCUGGCGUCUGGCUCUAUCCCCCCCAGCGAGCCUGAGCCCAAAGGCCUGUCUCCAUCAGUGUCGCCGUCGCCCAUUGACCAGAUGAAGUGCUUCGUUCAGUUCGUGGAAAGUUCGAUCCUACCCAUCCAUACCGCUCUCCGACAGCUGGACGCCCAAACCAGUAGAAGAUUGUCUUAUGCGGAAAUCUCAUUGCUGCUUGAGCCGGGUGAGCUAAUCUACGUCGCCCCCUCGCUCAUGACGACGAAGAUGCUGGAUCGAUCAGCAGUCCAGACUGUUUUCCGAUGUUUGACCCGAAUCCCAGCCGAUCAUCCGAUCAGCAUCGACGACAGCGGCUGGCUGUCCUCCGACAUAGGACGUCUUCUGGCGGAUGUAUACUGCCUGGACCAUGAUGGUGAAGAAUACACCGUCUGUUGGCGCAAAUUGGAGAUGGAAUAUUUCGACGGGGAGAAAGACAUUACCGCUUUGCCCUUCUAUCCCUUGAAAUUUCAUCCAAAUUACGAGCGAUUCCUAUCAAACCGUGCUCGGCAGGGAACAGCAUUCCGAGCGCUCGUGGAGGACGAAAACUUGCACCACUACUACGCAGGUUGGACGCUCAUUACUGGUCUCUUUGAACGGACCGAGUCAGACGGAAAGUCCACGGAGUCCAAGCCGGAGGAUUCAGAGUAUGUCGAUAGCGAGGUCUUUCUGGACACCCAGGAAGCACGACGACAUAUGGACGACUGGUCCUCUCUCCGUGAGCCUUUCACAACGAAGGGAAGCCUUGCCAUCAACGACGGCGCGAAGUUCUGUCUAUGGCAUAUGACUGAAAAGAAGACUGUGGCAGAGAAGCUGAACAGGAUACUCACGCGCGAAGACCUUGUCUACUGGCGAGCAAGGGAGCGAUAUCUCCUCGACAACAAAUGGGUGAUCGACGACCGGGUCUUUAUAAAAGAGGAAUGGACGGACGAAGAUCUAGCGCUGCUUCCCAAAAGAGUCUACGGAUACUCGUUACGGGACAGGAAGUUCUUGCGGCUGGAUGUUGACAAAUUCCGACCACACACGCUCAAGACCAAAGCCAAUCUGGACAAGAUCGAGAUCAAAGAUAGCCACCGCAUGAUAAUUAGAGCUGCGGUCAAGUCCCAUUUUGACAGAGCGGCACAGGUCCUGAACCGAGACGAGGCCACUCAUGUCCCCGACAUCUUCGAGGGCAAAGGCCGCGGUCUCGUCAUCCUUCUUCAUGGCGCCCCCGGCGUCGGCAAGACUGCCACAGCGGAAGCAGUGGCGCUAGAAUUCGACAAACCCUUAUUCCAGAUUACUUGCGGCGAUCUGGGCACGGGGCCCGCGGAGGUGGAAACGUCACUGAAGGCGAUUUUCCGCUACGCGAACAUGUGGAGCUGCAUCUUGCUCCUAGAUGAAGCAGAUGUUUUCCUGACUCAGAGAAACCGGACAGAUGUAGAGCGGAAUGCGUUGGUCUCAGUGUUUCUCAGGGUCCUAGAGUACUACAGCGGGGUCCUCUUCUUGACCACCAACCGAGUUGGCGCACUAGACGAAGCCUUCCGGUCGCGUGUGCACCUCAGCCUGUUCUAUCCGCAUCUGAACCGCACUGAUAUGGCGAAGAUCCUAGAGAGCAACCUACAGCGACUACCGCGGGACGACAAAUUGAGCCCUGGAGCCACUGCAGGCCCAAACCAUGUCACUGUGAUGGACAGUGAGAUCCGGGAGUUUGUCCUGCAGCAGUUCGACGAGCACUAUAAGUUGCACGAGAGAGGACCCUGGAAUGGACGGCAGAUCCGCAAUGCUGUUCAUAUUGCCAUGUGCCUGGCCUUCUUUGAGAACGGCAGGAAGGGCCGCAGGGCUCCGGCCAUUCUAACCGCGGAGCAUUUUCGCAAAGUCCACGAAACUAUUGCCGAAUUCGAGGACUAUUUGAGAGCCGCUCGAACCGUGGAUGAUGAGACCCUGGCUCAGAUGGAAGGAUUGCGAUAUGAUAAAGAAGGGCAGGCGUACAAAAGGCAACUUGUCGGCUCUACUAAAUUUCACAGAUGGUCAGAAAAUGAGCGUCAAGUGACUCAUCAACGCCAAUCCGUCCGCGAGCAAGGACAGUCAUAUCGGGAAACGACCUCUUAUACACCGUCUAGGCGCUCAUUCCUGGGUGGGGAUAUCGACUCUCCACCAGAAUCCAGGUUUAGCGGAUCGGGGGCCGCAGCGAGACCAACCAGCCAGCGGUACCCGCCGCGAGAAAUAGACGACUCCCACCUGGCGCACGAGAGAUAUAACAUGUCUGACUCUGGUUACGGAGAGACAGGUCUGCGUGGGACUCCGAGGAACUACAAUUUGUCUCCAGACAGACCACGAACUCCAAAUCGUGACUACUUGGUAGACGGCUCGCCUGAAUCAGUUCGCUCAAGGUCUUCGGUCCGAGGGAGAGAUUGA